CUCACUGAGGAAGACCUUGAAUACCUCCGGCCGUUCGCAUACAAAGUCCACCACCAUCUCUCAGGGUCAGCCUUCGCUGAACUGCCGCAAUUCUUCCCGGGCAGCAAUGUUGCAAGUUGGAAGCUCAUUCAAGCUCGAGCAGCCCGGCUCUCCGGGUUUGAGCCUCGGGUUUACGACACCUGUGUGCAGUCGUGCAUCGCUUAUCUUGGGAUUUACACGGACAAUGUUGCGUGCCCUUUCUGCUCUCAAUCUCGCUACAAACCCCACGGAAAUCACAUCCCCCGUGCCACAUUCGUCUACCUUCCCCUCGAACCUCGCCUCAAAGCACUUCAGGCGAAUGCAGACACCGCAAAACGAGCCCAGUACCGCGCACAAGAGCACCACCACGUUCCCGGGGUUGUCACCGACGUCAUGGACUCAAAACAUUUCCGUGGGCUCCUCGACAAGAAGGUGACCAUCGGAGGCAAGGAGUUCCCACAUCGGUUCUUCGAGGACCCACGCGAAUUCGCACUCGGCCUCUCCACAGACGGCUUUGCCCCCUUCAAGAGGCGUUCGAAGACC